AUGGACAACACCAUACAGCGGAAACCGUUUUACUACAACCUUAUAUUCGUUGAUGAUUACGCUGCUUUCCAGAAUAUGACUAGUGUCUUCGGCAGUGAGUUGUAUGAUUUCUCUGGUCUUUACACAAUCGUAAUGACUAACGCAUCGGUUGAACUCUUUGUGAUAUCAAAAAUGUUCGAGGCCAUGUGGACCUUAGGUAUUGCCAAUACAAUUCUUCUGAAUCCAGAUCUUAAAACUAGCCGAAAAGUGGUUCACAUUUAUUCCUACUUUCCCUACACUCGUGGAUAUUGUGGCAUCGCUAAUCCCGAACUGCUUCAUUCAGUCUUCAGCCACCACAUCGAUGUUUCAGAUGCCAAUUUGUUCCGGAAUCGUUUUAAAAAUUUUCACAACUGUACGCUAACAGUGGGCACUUUCGAAAUUAGGCCGUUUAUCAUCGUUGAAGUUACAGAAGAUGAGAACCAUGUGAAGGUUAGCGGACUUGAAGCGGAUAUGAUGAGCAUUUUGUCGGAGCGCUUGAACUUUCAACUAAGCUACCAAUUCACGCCUAAUGAAACUCAAUGGGGAUUCUUGGAUAGGACCGACAGUACAGGUCUUUUGAAUAUGAUCCAACGUGGUGAGGUAGACUUUGGGGUAGGAUGCAUUUCAUUCACCAAGGAGCGCUAUAGAUUGCUUAAAGUUGGCACAGCUCAUUACACAACAAAAGUGGUGUUUGCAAUUCCUGAAGGGCGACUCUACACUCCGUUGGAAAAACUGUUGAGGCCGUUUCAGACAAAAAUGUGGAUAGCAAUUGCCAUAUGUUUAUGUUUUGCUUCUAUUGUGGUUAUGAUUCUCGAGAUCUCCGAUAUGAAGGGUUACUUUGUGGGAAGCAAAGACGAUGAUCUGAUGAUGAAUCUCCUCACGAUCGUUUUCGGCAAUGCAAUAUUGAAUACGUCGGGUAGGAGCUCAGUACGCGUGGUACUGAUCUCGUGGAUCUACUACUGCUUCGUGAUACGAUCGGUUUACCAGGGAUUACUGUUUCAGUACCUGCAGCAGGAGCAGCGCUGGCCUUUGGUAGAAACUAUGGCCGACAUUGAUAGAGAAGGGUUUAUGUAUUAUAUGGUGGAUGCUGCUGUUCGAUUUUUUGAAGCCACACCACAUGUGCUAAACAGGACAAUAUAUCUGCCACAGGAGAGUGAUAAUCUGAACAAAGCCUUGGAGAAUUUGACUCGAGGCGAAUUACACGGAGUGAUACUGGUAACGUCUGACCACAUCGCCUACCACAACAAACACAAAGCUGAGUGCGGAAUCGCCACAGCAAUGAAGAAUGAACUAGUGGUCGACCCGCUUGAAGCUAUGGGGCGUUUGAAUCUUACAGAGAAGACCACAUCGAUCAAGGGGAGCCAGUUUCAAUAA